AAAAGCGAUGAAUGGAAUCAUUAUUCGGUUAUUAAUAGUGGAAUGGCUAAAUGUUCGUAUUGUUCAAAUUCGGUGUCUUAUAAAGGCGGAUCAACUACAAACUUAAGUAAACACUUAAAACGAAAACACAUAAUUCAAUAUGAAAGUAGAAAACAUCCGCGUAUUAAUGAAAUGAUUGAACAAAAUGUUGAUGAACCAAGUAAGCAAAAUACACCCGAAACAAAUAAUGAUCAAAACCAACCUUCUACAUCAAUCAAUGCAAUUAAUAUCAUAAAUAAAUCUCGUCCCAUACAAAAAAGUGUAGAUUCGUAUUUUAUUAACAAUAAACCACUUUCUGUUUCAACACAAAAAACAAUUGAUGAACAGCUAGGAGUUAUGAUUUCAAAAGAAUUCCAACUUUUCAGUUUAGUUGAAAAUGUUGAAUUUAAAAAAUGCAUAUAUUUAUUAAAUCCUAGGUAUCAGUUACCAUCGAGGAAAACUGUUUCGAAAUCUAUUUUACCACAGUUGUAUGAGAAAACAAGAGAAAAAGUUAGAAAUAAUUUAUUAAAUGCCAAAUAUAUUUCAUUUACAACUGAUGGCUGGACUUCCAUAAAUAAUGAUAGUUUUAUUGCUGUCACUGUAAAUUUUAUCGAUCCAGAAGAGUGUGUUUUAAAAAACAUUUUUACUUGGAUGUUUUAA